GAUCCCGUCUGUAAGACAGCUGCUGCUAUUAAAGCUCUGAGGACCAAGGAGCGCAGGUCACAGAUAUCUCUGAAGAUCAGCUACUGGAGGAAAGAAAAAAAAAAAAAAACUACUUUGAAUUAUUAAACGCUGAGCCCUACUUAUCACAAUGCAUUGCCUGAAAAGUCUGAGGACAGCUAACCCGGGAAUCCUGCAGCUAUUUAAAAAUGCAGGGAUCUCUGCUAGAGUUGGAGCUGACAGCAUGGUUUUGUCCAGGACUCAGCAACCUGUUCUUCUCCCCUGCUGGGCAGCAGCAUCACCCCACACCCACAGAGCCUAUCAUCACCAGCAGGGCCCUGAUGUGGACCAAGGACACUCCAAAAGCAGGUUGAUGUCCAGCAUGGAGGACCUGCUUUUCUACACCAUCACUGAUGGCAAAGAGAUGAUCCCUCUCUCCCAGUUCAUCUCUGCUUUAAGAAAAACAGGCUUGUUAACAUCUGACCCUCGGCUACGCGAUUGUGUCCAUCAGAUGCGACAAUCCACCCAUGACUCCAUUGGGACAGUCAUGAUGGAUAAGAAGCUUUUCAGAAGGUGUGUGGGCAACAACAUCAUAUUGCUGACUAAGGCUUUCAGAAAAAAAUUUAUCAUCCCAGACUUUGAAAAGUUUGUCCUCCAAAUUGAUACGUUGUACGACACUGCGCAUCGGCAGGAGGGAGGACAGGUGGCUGACUACAUUCCACAGCUGGCUAAGUUCAGCCCUGACCUGUGGGGUGUAUCUCUGUGCACGAUCGACGGACAGAGACACUCUGUGGGUGACACCAAGGUUCCCUUCUGUCUGCAGUCAUGUGUGAAGCCUCUGGAGUACGCCAUCGCUGUGCACGAGUUUGGCAGUGAGCACGUUCACCAGUUUGUGGGCAAAGAGCCAAGUGGUCUCAAGUUCAACAAACUGUCACUAAAUGAGGAAGAUAAACCACACAACCCCAUGGUGAAUGCUGGAGCUAUUGUCAUCAGUUCUUUAAUUAAGCCUCAUUCAAAUAAGGCUGAGAGGUUUGACUAUGUGAUGGAGUUCUUGAAAAGCAUGGCUGGUACAGAGUAUGUGGGCUUCAGCAAUGCAACUUUCCAGUCAGAGAGGGAGACUGGUGACAGGAAUUUUGCCAUUGGGUAUUACCUCAAAGAGAAAAAGUGCUUUCCUGAAAAUGCAGAUAUGAUUGCAGCUCUUGACUUUUACUUUCAGCUGUGCUCCAUAGAGGUAACCUGCGAGUCAGGAAGCGUCAUGGCUGCCACGCUGGCAAAUGGGGGUAUUUGUCCAAUCACAGGCGACCGCGUGCUGAGUGCUGAGGCAGUCCGCAACACCCUAAGUCUCAUGCAUUCGUGCGGCAUGUAUGACUUUUCUGGACAGUUUGCCUUCCAUGUGGGCUUGCCGGCUAAAUCUGGCGUUUCAGGUGCUGUACUGCUGGUGGUCCCCAAUGUCAUGGGUAUGAUGUGUUGGUCCCCACCAUUAGAUCGUCUUGGAAACAGUGUUCGUGGCAUUCACUUCUGUCAGGAUCUCGUGUCUUACUUUAACUUCCACAAUUACGACAACCUGAGGCAUUUCACCAAGAAACACGACCCAAGAAGACGAUCAGAUGACGAUGAUGAUCCAAACAAGUCAGUGGUAAACCUGAUGUUCGCAGCAUACAAUGGUGACGUCUCUGCUCUAAGAAGGUUUGCCCUUUCGGCUGUGAACAUGGAGCAGAGGGACUACGACUCUCGCACAGUGCUCCACAUCGCUGCUGCCGAAGGUCAAGUGGAAGCUGUAAUCUUUCUAACCGAGAUAUGUAAAGUGAAUCCUCACAUGAAGGACAGAUGGGGGAAUACACCUCUAGAUGACGCCAUGCAGUUUGGCCAUGAAGUUGUUGUUUCGCUCCUGCAAGAGUACCAGCGUGUGUACGAUGACAUCGACUCACUGAGCAACACAGAUGAGCAGAAAGCCGCAUUUGAUACGCUGAAGAGCAUUGUUUAGAUCUACUAGGGAUCAUGAGAGCUUGCAAUGGAAAUUAGUCUUUUUUUUAUUAUGUAGCUGAGAGGAAUGAAAGAGAAGUGAGACUGAGAGCAGUGAUGAAUGAAUUAGUUCAACUUAAAUGUGGUAGAAAUGUUACGUGAGCAUCGUCUCAUAGACUGUGAAAAGCUGUAUCUCUUUGCAGACAGAAGGUUUGUAUCAGAAAAGCACUAUACAAACAAGCAAUGUCACGCUUGUGUGGAGAAAAAUUACAUUGAUUUAUAUUGUGAUUUGGACUGCGUUGAAACUUUAAUGCUUUUUUUAUGCUCAGCUUCCGAUAGAUAAAUGAGAUGUAAAUAUCUAAAGUGCUUAUUUAUUUUUAACACGGUGAGAUGUUGUAUCAUCUGCCUUAUUAGUGAGUAAUUUAAUCAUAAUAAUAGGUUUAUGCUUCCACUGAAAUGACUGUAAAUAUGCCUAAAGCUGCUUUAAUAAUUAUUCUACCUUGACAGGAUACGAUUCAUAGUCAUGGCAAAAAGAAGGGACAGCCUCUUUAAAUUAUAAGGUUUUAAUAUCUUGUAGAUAAUUUCCGGAGUAGGACCACACCCACACCUCUAUACACACCCCUUCUAGUUCUGUCUUUAUAUGACCCCCACCCCUACACUACAAGCUGUGUGUUCUUGAUUUUGUCCCCCAGCCUUCCUCUCUUUUUCAGUUCAUUCCCUCCUCAUUUUUACAUGGGGAUCUGCCCUGCUGCCAGUCCCAUCUGAGGCCUUCCCCAAACCACAGUCUCAAUUCAUGCUCACACCAUCUGCCAUUAUCUACUAGAAAUGCUGUAAAACCUAAAUGCGAUGUGGUUCCAGCUAGUGAAAGGACAUUAUAUAAAAAAAAAAAAAAUUUAAAAUCCAAAAGCUGUGUGUGGAAAAACUAAGUAGAGCCUCUCUGCAUCCAUAGGAAUUAAGGGGGUAAAUAGCAGCCAAGUGCUGCUAAUCAAGUGCACUUAAUUAACUGAUGAUCAGCAAGUUUGACCACCUCUGUAAAAGCAGAUGUUUAGACAGUUUGCAGGUCUGAAGCAUUCAGGUGUGUUAACACAGUGCCAAGACUCUACAAGCCUCAGUUGGACAGUACAAUUAGAAAAUGACAGAAAAUGUCUUGGAAAGGUUUCUAGGAGAAAGCCUCUUCUCCCUAAAAAGACCUUAUCAGCACAACUUCAGUUUGCAAAAUUUAAUCUGAACAAACCACAAAUGUCCUUUGGGCACAAGAGCAAAAUGGAGAUGUUCAGUCAAAAUGCAAAGAGCUGUAUUUGGCAAAAAAACAAACACAGCAUACCAACACAAACCUCAUACUAGCUUUUAAGCUGGAUAAUGUAGGGGUGAUGAUUUGUGUUAGUUUUGUAGUCAGAGCAUCUGGGCAUCCUGCAGUCAUUGAGUCGACCAUAAACUCCUCUGUAUACCAAAGUGUUCCGAGUCAAGUGUAGGGCCAUCAGUCUGACGGCUAAAUGGCAACAGAAAUGAAGAUGUUACAAUGAUCCAAAGUCCACAACUUAACACUGGUGUUCCAGCAGUUUCCAGUUCAUGGCAGACUUGAAUCUUGGUGGUUCCUGCAUUCUUCCUGAUCAUCCUAACUAAUUUCCCUUUAUUUAAAUGUGACAGUUUGGUUCUUCUUCCUGACACAUCCAAAUAACCUGUACUUGUGUACAGUUUGAACUUAUGAUCUUAGAAUCUGCAGUUGUUUAGAAAUGGCUCCAAGAUACCUUCCCAAUUUAGUAAAUCUGUAUUUCUCCUUCUUACAUCUUCACUGGGCUCUUUGGACUUUGCCAUUGUUCUGAGUAUUGGUCAGUUCAAUGAGUACUGUCAAAUAGACUGUAUAUAAA